CUUCUCUUUUACAUCACAUCUAAUUACUUUCUUUACUUGAAAUGAUUAAUAUUCCACGGAGACGGAGGAGACCCAAAGGUAUUUUGGUUCGAAUGGAUUCACACACUCUGGAAUAGGCAGUUUUGAAAAAAAUACUAGGCAGUAAAGUCGUGUUUAAGAAGGGCAACACGAAUAUCCUCCGAUUUCGCUUCACUGUCAGAGCCUUGGAUACGCAAUUUCAGGUUUCUUCGGGGCUUCCCAAGAUCUUGGGUUGAUUCAGUUCAAGAUAGGGUUCCUAAUUUUCAAAAUUUUCGAUGCCGUCAUUCAUUUCGAGCACCUCGAAGGCGGUCCGGUCCGUAACAACCCGUAAAAACGGCAUCGUACGUUUGAUUGGGUCCGUGAAGAACACUAGGGAGGUGCAGAGACUUGAUCAAAUUCGUUGCUUUAGCGGAAUUGCCCCGUCGGCUCAAUAUUCGGACAAGCAUCUUAAUCUUUGGUCGCGGAGGUUGUUUGAUAAUGCUCACACUGUUCAAACGAGGCGGUUUCUCGGUUGCGGAGAUGGUGACGAGGGCGGAGUUCUGUCCAAGGUUUACGAGGAGAAGCUUGUGUUGGGGUAUUCGCCAGAGCAGUUGUUUGAUGUAGUUGCAGCUGUUGACUUGUAUCAUGGUUUUGUCCCAUGGUGUCAGCGGUCUGAGAUACUUAAACACUAUCCAGAUGGAUCUUUUGACGCUGAGCUGGAGAUUGGUUUCAAAUUUCUUGUUGAAAGUUACACUUCCCAUGUAGAAUUGAACAGGCCAAAGUCUCUAAAGACUACUGCAAAGGAUAGUACCCUGUUUGACCACCUGAUAAACAUAUGGGAGUUCAAUCCGGGACCAGUUCCAGGAACUUGCAGCCUUCAUUUUCUGGUGGAUUUUAAGUUCCAGUCACCACUUUACCGACAGGUUGCGUCCAUGUUCUUCAAGGAAGUGGUCUCUCGCCUGGUAGGUUCAUUCAGCGAGCGCUGCCGUUUGAUAUAUGGACCGGGGGUCCCAAUUCUUGAAAAUUCAUUUGGUCAAAAGGCAUAAUAAGAGUUCAGUUUGCAUUUAACCGGGUGUAGUGCCAAAUGAAACAUCCGAGGACUGCAGUUAGAUCACAUUUAGAGAUUUAAGUUUACUGUUCCACCAGCAACUGGGUGAUAUUUUGUUUUGCCUGCUGCCCGGUGGGCUCAUUGAUCUUUGUUGAUUACAAUUCAACUCAAGCAGCAUCUCAAGUUAAAUAUCAUUUAAUUACUUAUAUAUUCUUUUUUGUAUUUCAUUA